GUUAUAUAUUUAAUUCUUAAACACAUGUUAUCCAUCACAGCUUUUAGUAUACUAACCACAUUAGUGGCCACAUGUGCAGGUAUCGAUUGUUCUGUUAAAGAACUCAAACCUUAUAAUUUUGAAAGUAUCAAGGGUGUUCAUACUUUGACUACGUUGAAGAAUACGCCUCCUUCCCAAACAAACAUAACUUGGAAUAUAGGUAUUUGUGAACCAAUUAAUUCAAUUGAAGAUUGUCCUAAGAACUCAGAUUUGUGUGGGAUUACAUCAAUUAUACUUAGUGACAACAAGGAUAAGCCAAUUAUCUCCGAAAUUGUCAGUUUCAAUGCAAAUUUACAAAAGACUUAUAAACCGUUCUCUAAGGACGAUAAGGAUUCAGACUCAGAUGGAAUCAUAAUUCUGUAUAGUGGAGUGAACUGGGGAGAUUCUUUAGUGGAUGCUGAAUUGAAGUUUAUUUGUGAUAAAAAGGCCGAAGACGAUAAGUUUAAGUUGGAUAAGUGGGAUGGCACUAAGUUGAAACUUACCAUGUCUACCAAAGCGGCAUGUAUAACCAAUGACAAGGAUAAAAAGAAGAACAAGCCAGAUGACAAUAAAAAGAAACCAGAUAACGGUGAAUCUUGGGGUUGGUUCACCUGGAUCUUUAUCUUUUUGGUAUUGUUUUUAAGUAUUUACAUUGUUGGUGGUGCCUGGUUUCAAUAUAACAAGGGAAAUGCUAUAGAUUUCCAAAGUGCAUUAAAGGAGGUUUUGGAAAACUUUAUUGAUUUGUUAAGAGGCUUGCCAGGUUUCUGUAGAGAAAUCAUUGAAAGAUUCACUGGUAAUAGAAGCAGAGGUGACUAUAGUGCUGUUUAAGUACGUAUAGAGGCACUGUAAUCACCUCUGGUACAGUCAUUUAAUAGGUUCCUGUGUAUAUGCUGUAGUAUCGUUAUAUAGAAUUCAAUAAUGUCUAAUUUUG